GUCUACAGAUGGCAGGACCAGCGAGACGUGGGAAUGCCAAUCCUAUGGUCCCUGAAGGACUAACCCAUAAAAUCAAUAAAAAAGCGUAAAGUUGGAUCGACUUUACCCUCUUCACUGUAUUACGUGUACGAAGAAAGAUACCAUGAAACACACGGACCUUUUUUGCCCGCGGUAGCGACCGCAGCAAUGUCCGAUUUUUCAGGAUGGACUUGUAAUUUUUCAGAACUCACCGAUCCGUCUUCCUUAUGAUUGUCAAAUUAAAAGUGAGCUUGUAGUGGAUCGGAAGGAGGCAUAUAAGUAAUAACUCACUGUGUCUUUGGAAAAAAUUGCCAAGUGUAAUUACAAGUGUGUUUCCCUAACCAUGAUUAGCAAAAUGUGGUUGGAGGAAAGAAAACAUUAAGUUUCGCAAUAUCGCAGAAUUGCAGCCCUCUUUAGAGAGAAGCUUGCAUAAUCAACAGAAUAAGAAAAACACUGUUUUCUGAAUGAGUGAGUUGGAGCAAACGUUCAUGUUGACUUUUCUACUGACUUUCGAAUUUGGCGGUUGCAUACUGCGCAAGCCCCGUUGCCGGGUACGCCAUUUGUUGAAAUGGUUUUCCUGGUAGCUUAAUAAGUCUGCCAUAUCUGCUAUAAGCAGUCUCCAGUUUUUAGAGGAGCUCAUCUGUUUCAGUCUGCAUCAUGACGUGGGGCUUUGUAACUUGUGGGCCAAAUGAGGCCCUCGUCAUUUCAGGUUGCUGUUACAAUAAACCUCUUCUUGUCCCUGGUGGCCGAGCCUUUGUGUGGCCUACUAUUCAGUGUGUUCAAAGGAUUUCAUUGAAUACAAUGACACUUCAAGUUGAAAGCCCCACUGUCUACACCAGCCAGGGCGUGCCCAUUUCUGUUACCGGUAUAGCACAGGUUAAAAUACAAGGCCAGAAUGAAGAAAUGUUGCUUGCUGCCUGUGAACAAUUUCUUGGUAAGCCAGAACAUGAAAUUCAGCACAUUGCAUUGGUCACACUGGAAGGGCACCAGAGAGCUAUUAUGGGAAGUAUGACUGUUGAGGAAAUAUACAAAGAUAGGAAGAAGUUUAGCAAACAAGUUUUUGAAGUUGCCUCAUCAGAUCUUGUGAACAUGGGAAUUACUGUUGUAUCAUAUACUCUGAAAGACAUAAGAGAUGAAGAGGGGUAUCUGAAAAGCUUGGGUAUGGCCAGGACAGCUGAAGUUAAGAGGGAUGCUCGCAUUGGUGAAGCUGAAGCAAGGAGAGAUGCCCAAAUUAAAGAAGCUAUUGCUGAAGAAGAACGUAUGGCUGCCAGAUUUCUGAAUGAUACAGAAAUUGCCAAAGCACAGAGAGAUUUUGAGCUCAAAAAAGCAGCAUACGAUGUUGAAGUCCAAACAAAGAAAGCUGAGGCUGAACUGGCUUAUGAACUACAAGCAGCAAAGACAAAGCAACGAAUCAAAGAAGAGCAGAUGCAGAUUCUUGUUGUAGAACGAAGCCAAGAGAUUGCAGUCCAGGACCAAGAAAUUCAGCGAAGGGAGAGAGAACUUGAAGCUACUAUAAGACGUCCUGCAGAAGCAGAGAAGUAUAAGUUGGAGAAACUUGCUGAAGCAAACAGAAACAGAGUGAUACUUGAAGCAGAGGCUGAAGCUGAAGCUCUUCGUGUCAGAGGAGAAGCAGAAGCAUUUGCUAUUGAGGCAAAGGCUCGAGCUGAAGCAGAACAAAUGGCAAAAAAAGCAGAUGCCUGGAAGGACUACAAGGAAGCAGCAAUGGUUGAUAUGCUCCUUGAAACAUUACCCAAGGUUGCAGCAGAAGUUGCUGCUCCUCUCUCACAGGCUAAGAAGAUAACUAUGGUAUCAGCAGGAAAUGGUGAGGUUGGUGCUGCCAAGCUCACUGGUGAAGUCCUUAGUAUUGUCAGUAAAGUCCCUGAAGUGGUAAAAACUCUAACAGGUGUUGAUAUUGUGAAGACUGUUCAUGGUGCCUAAGCUGGAGACUCCAAGGAUGUUCACUCAGCUAUUGUUGUAAGAUCUGAUAAUUAAAAUGCGUAGUGUAACAAUUUAUGCCUCUAUUUUAUGACAGCUGUGAAUAAUCUCGUGUAACAAUCUGUUAAAAGCUGUGACAAUUCUGUUGUUUAUAUAUAAUCACUUCAUGUGUACCUGCAUAAAAUUGCUAUAAAUAUUUUUGACAAAGAAUAAUGAAAAUGAUAUAUGGGCACAAGUAGUAUAUUGAAACUAAGAUAAUACUGUGGCCAGACAAACUCUGAAAAAUCUUUGAUAAAAAAGGUGGUUUUCGUGUAUUGCAUGUGAAAUUAUAUCAAAAUCGUCAUUUUUCAUUUUCAUAUCUAUGCAUUUAUUUGCUUCUUACACAGGACAUUUUAUUUUAGAAGCAAAACUAUGUAUUUAAAGUAAGUGUGUGUUUCAGUGUAUUCCCCUUUGAUUGCUAUUUGCUUUCGAAUUGUAUUCAUAUGCUAUGGGUAUUGUAGACAAUAGAAUCUCAUACAAUUAUCAAACUUCUCAUUCAUUAUUGAAUAUUUGAUUACUGUAGUGUGGAUUUUGUCAAAUGUCAUGCAUUUAUUAAAAAAAUAAAUGAGUUAUUAUGUGAA